AUGGACCUUCUCACGUCAACCUUGGAUGCCAGCAUACUAUACGUCGAGCGGAAUCCCUUCUCAAUCGUCUUCCUUGUACUCACCCUCUGGCUCUUUGGACGAUUCAUCCGAGGCCGGCCACACUCAAAUGACGAUGUCAUUUCGGAAACAGAAAAAGAUGGGUACCCGCCCAUUGAGCCUCUCCACUCCUUCGACUGGGAGACUACCGAGCCAGUGCAGUUCCGGCCUUUCAAGGCGAAGUAUCAUCUCACAAUGGCCCUCUCAAACCUCGACAUCUCCACCCUCAUCCUAAUCGACAAGACCUACAGAUCUCGACUCGCCUACCGCCAGUCCCUGCUUUCGAAAUACCCUUCCGUCGUGAUCGGCGUCACACCCACCGCCGAGUCAGAAGGCAGCCUCGCCCACUCCGCCGUCCGCGAACUCUACGAGUUUGUUCUCGGCGUAUACCUCCCCACCAGGUAUCCGGGGGUCUUUGAUCUGGUCGACACUACUAGCAGCAGCAGCAGCAGCAGCACGAGUGACGAAAACACGGAUGAAGGCCUAGCUGGGGAGACGACGGCAACGAAGGAGAGGAAACCGAAAUACCUCCUCAACAGAAUCACCAAUCGGUCCAUCCCGACCAGGUGUCCCAUCUCGGCCCGCGAAGCCCUUACCACGCUGGGAACGGUCGUGGACGAGGACUUCCUGAUCCUACUGCCCACCUCACGGGUAGGUCCACCCCGUGAUGAGGAUACCGUCGCAGAGAAAAAGGCGGACGAAGAGGACGAAUACACCCUUCAAGCGUACACGACCUUCUACCCGGCGGGCUUCGACACGCGCGAGAAACUCGGCCGCACGCUCUCCGCCAUCCACGACCCUGUGCCGCGGUACAAGGAGAAGCUGGAGAAGAGCAUGGACCGGUUCUUUGCCAAGUUGGAGGUCGGGCGGUUCGUGCAGCGGGUGAACUGGAGCGUGACGACGGGGACGGAGUUAUUCGCUGCGUUUGGGGGCAUUCAUGGCGAUGCGGCUGACGGUGGGGAGGGAAAGGGCGGGCAGCAUGACGGGGUGAUGGGGUUGGGUGCGUUGAAUGUGGAUGAUACCUUCCUGCGCUGCGAGCGCCAGACGCUCCAUCGUCUACCCAGGACCAAGGCGCUGGUGUUCACCUUCCAUACGUACACUUACCCGAUUCGGACGGUCAAGGAGGAAGGCCUCGGCGAGGAACUGGCGCAGGCGAUCGAUGGGUUGAAGGGGGGCAGUGUGCCGGAGAUGUGGUGGUAUAAGAGGGGGGCGGUUUGGGGGGAUGCAGUCAAGGCAUAUCUGCGGGGGUGA